AUGCUUCUCUUGAUAAUAGGUGAAGUUUGGGCAAUGACUUAUGAGCUUAAUAUGGGCAAUUUUGAUAACGAAAAAAUUUCUUUCUUCCAAUACUCAUGCUUUACCUUGGCUUCUUUAAUUAAUGUAGUUAUGAUGCUUAAUUUGCUAGUAUCAACAUUAGGGGAUACUUUUGAUAGAUUCCAAGUGAUUGCUGACGAAUUAAAUUCAAAAAAAUGCUACAAUUAG